UUACCGAAUUGAUUACAGAAUCCGUUUCUUCUUAACUUAUUCAGAUCAAAUACCUGAUUCUAUAGUCAAUGAAACGGGUAUGGUAAAAUUCAAAGGAUUUCAAUUUGAAAUCUAAACUGAAUUGUUAUUUUACUACACUUAAAUUUUAUCUUUUAUCUUGGUUAAUGAAUAAUGAAUUUAAAUUAGGGGUGGUUAUAUUAAUAUGUUAGUCAGUAUAUCUUUUUAUAAGCUUUAUUGUAAAUGUAAUCAUCUUAAAUCGGCAUAAUAUCGCUAAUUUAAAAAAAAUCGAUCAGCAAUUUAAUUCUUUCCCCGCCAUAUAAUCAGUAUUUUGUUUAAUUGUUUAAAUGAUCCAUUUUAAACAAUUCGUAAACUAAUAAGUCGAAUGAAAAUCGUAAAAUCUUGGUAAAUUCAUCUUAAUCCUACUACACAAUGAUGAUAAUAGUUUCAAAUGAACAGAGUUUGCGUCUGAAGAUAUGAAUUGAAUGAAAGUCGUGAUAAAAAUUCUUAGUUCUCAUUCGGACGAUAAUCGAAUACAAACAUCAACAUAUGGUUACUUAUCGCAAUUAAAAUGUAAUCAAAACAAAGUCCACCAAAUAAUCAUCAUCUUCACCUUCAUCAUCUUCAUCUUCAUUGUUAUCAUAAAUUUCAUAAACAAUAUUUUUUUAUCAAUGGAUUCUGCUCACAUAAAACUGCCAGUUGAUGCGUAACAUUUACCAAGAAAAAGUUAUUAUAAUAAAUCAAAAUCCAAAGUCGAUUCUCAUCAAUGGAUCAACAGUUUGACAAAAGUUUUUUAAUCCAAUUAUUGUGAAUUAAUGUUAAGUUAAUCCAGUUCCAUGUUGAUCCUCACCAUGAAUAUUAUCAACUCGAGUGACAACUAAUCACAAUUUCCUCCUUAUAACUAUUGUCUCACAUUUAGAUAACCUUAAUUUGGUAAUAAUUUUAGGUCAAUCUUUGAUUCUUUGGAUAAACAAUUAAUCAUCUUCAUCAUCUCUUUGCCUUUGUCUCCUUUCUGAGUUUAUAUUUAUCUUCAUUUCCUCCUCUUCCUCGAUCACGUUUAUAAAUAUUAUCCAUUUGUCAAUUGAUUAUCUUCAAUGAUUAUCUUGUUGAUGAAGAUGCUGUUGUUUACGGUUAACAUUUACUUUUGGUGACUCUGACAAUCAACUUAAUCAACAAAUCAAUACUCAACAAUUUGGAUAUCUUCAUCCCUUUUUGAUUGAAUUUAUCUUCAUACUGAUGAUUAUGACCAAGUGACCAUCAUUUAACCCUAAAGAUAUUAUAUCACAAUCAAUAAUUAUGGAUCAAUUGAUAACUUCACCGAUUCUUGAUUGCUCACAAUUAACUAUCCAUCCAAUAUGAACAUUUUCAAUCAAAUUUUAUCUUCAUCUUCAUCAUUUUCAUCAUCAUCAAAUCAACAUUAUAAUAAUUACAUCAAUCGUCAACGUAAUCACAACAAUUAUCAAUUCUCUAAUCAUCUUGUCCAACAAUCAGAGUUAUCAACAAUUAACAACACAACUAAUCUGACAACAUUGCCAACGAUUAAAAGUGACAAUAACCAAGCAAUUUACUAUUAUCGAGGUGAAUCUGUCAAUCGAAGUUCAAUAAUUGUCUCAGAUGAAUUAGUUAGUCCAUUAGAUUUAACCUUAAUCAUAUUUGUCCUUCUCCUUUGGGCAACAACCAUCUUAAUGUGUAUAAAUAAAUGGGGAAAGAUUCGUAUGCUUGAACCAUACCAACCAUCAUUUCAAGCCUCUGAUGAUGAUGAUUAUUCAUCAACCACCACGGCAACAGCAAAGAAAACAACUCCAGUGGUUGGAAAUAUUCGUGUUCCUUCAACUUCAUGUAAAUCAACACUUAAUCGAUCAACAAUCAGGAUAAUUCCUUCAGAAGCUGAUCUGGUUAAUAUGCACGAUUCGAUCGUCAUUGGAAUGGGAAGAUCUUUAGAUGUUGGAAUCGGACCGACGAUUGGUGGUUAUGGAAGCAAAAUAAGAGCUGAUUACUGUAAUAAUCACUCUCCUGGUGGUAUUGGUCUUAAUGGCAAUACAGGUAAUGGAGGUUGUGGUGGAAGUGAAAGUGAAAGUGUCAACAAUGGUCUAGUUUCCAAUGGAAAUGGAAAUGGAGGUGGAGAGAUAAUCAACAUCCCAAGGAUUGAGAUAUCGCCGAUAUGUUGGUCUGAUGAGCGGAAGUGUAAAAGUCUCGAGGAUGUUCGAGUUCGUCUACUUUCUUGAGAAAUGUUCACGGAAAAAGUGUCAACAACCUCUGAGAAAAGACAAACAAAAGAGAGAGAGAGAGAAAACAAAAGAACAAAAAAAAGAAACCAAAUACAAUUACAAAUCCAUCUAAAUCCAUUGAGAGACAAAACAAAAAUGAUGAGCUCACAUGCUGCGUGUAAAUCCAAAGGCGAUGAAAAGAUAAUCCUUGAAGAUUGUAAGGUGAAUAUCAGCAUUGAGAAUUCCAUGAUAAUGUUCUGAGGAUCAAAGUUGAGAUAAUCUCUCAAUGGAUUUGGAGGAUAAAGACUUUGGUUUCUCUCUCUUCCUCUCUAUCUGUUUCUCUUUGUUGUAUAAUCAAUUGAUUGGAAAUGUUGAUCGAUUGUUUCUACGAUCGUUACAAAUGUGAUUCGUUGAGCUCAAUGUGGAUUUACAAUAUUAUGAUUGUUUGGAUCUACACCAAGGAAACAAAGGAUUAUCAAGUUAAUUGUAAAAAGAAUUUGGAUCAAAUCAGUCCAAUCAGUACAAGACAAUUUAAUCAAUUCUCUCUGGUUGGUUCUGUUGAUUCUUCCAAUCUCUCUAUCUUUGGGUGUCACUCAAAUCAGUUAAUUUAAUUACUUGUUAUGUCAUCAAAUGGAUAAGAAUUAAGUUAACUCAUUAUUCUUGUGAUAGAAUCAAUAAGAGAUCAAUUGACACAAGAUGAAAGAUAUUGAUUUGAUUGUGGAAAACUUAAUUUCUUGUAUACAAUUUAAUAAGUGUCGAUAUAUUUUUCAUUCUUUUAACUGUAAACUCAAGUUCCAAUUCAAUCAAAGCUCAAAAUUAUUUCCACAUGGAAAAUAAUAAAAAGCAUUUGUUUCAUAAACAAA